UGUCACCUCCUCAAGCAGCACCAUCACAGCCGAGAUGCUGCAGAACAUCAUGGAUGGUACGCACAUGGACGGGAUCACUGCCGGUGUCACUGCCCAUAUGCAUUCUCUCGUGUGUUGCCCUCCCUCCGCCGUCAGACAACCGUUGCUCGAUGAAGCUUCUGCGGCAGCAGUAUGACAAGCGCAUCGAGGAGUUUCAAGCACAAAGAGAUGACUACAAGAGAGAGAGGGACGCCUACCGACGUGAGCGAGACGCCGCCCUGCACAAGCUCAGAGAACUCGAGGCCAAGAUGGCUGCCGAGCAGGCCGUCCGUGUGAGCCGCACGGUCGUCCCUGAGGGCGCUGUCUAUCACGGAACCAUGCGUCGCAUCGCCGGUAUCGAGGUGGCGCACGGCAAGGGCAAGGAGAUCAGCCACGGCAGAAUUGUCUAUGACGGCGAUUUUGUGGACGGCAAGCGGCACGGCCAGGGCGAGGAGUUCGCCAGCCGCAAGUCGAUCUACAAGGGCGGCUGGGCAGAUGGCGAAAGGGAUGGCGCUGGUGUGGCGACGGGCAUCUUCUGGGAGCAGGGCUGCAAAUAUCACGGGCCAACGCGCGACGGCAAACCACACGGAGAGGGAGAGCUGCGAGACGGCGAUAAGGUGAUCUAUAAGGGCGGCUACAAGGACGGCAAGCGGCACGGCCGUGGGACAGAGCUCACCCGUGACGGCCGAGUGCUCUACGAGGGCGAGUGGGCCAACGGUGACAGGACCAAUAAGGGAGAAGGGAAGGUGGGCAGCAUGGAGCUGAAGGACGACAAGAGAAAGCGGCUCGGUUACUACUUCGGCGAGACACUCGACGCGGCCUGCCAGAUGGCGAGGGAGAGCUGCGAAACUACUGCGACCGAGUCGUCUACAGCGGCGAGUGGAAGAACGGCAAGCGGCAUGGCGAAGGAAAGGAAUUCGGCCCAAGAUAUGAAGGCGAGUGGGCGGAUGGCAAGCGGCACGGCCAGGGGAAGGCAUACUACGACUGGUGUGGUCCUGUGGUGUGGUUCGAUGGCGAAUGGCGAGAGGGCCUGGCCCACAUUGGCACCCUCUUCCUUGACGGCGACUGCUAUGCAGCGAAGAAGGCCGACGGCAUCCCUCGGUGUCCCAUCACGCCCAUUCGAUGGCAGGCCGGACAGAAGAUACCCAACAUCAACCUCGUGCCUGGCGGCGGAUGGAAGCUGCAUCAGUUGCUGCAGGAUCGGGGUGUGUCGGAGUAUUUCCCUGCUGGUGCACUGUGAUAGCGAGUCUGUCUCUUGUGGCUGUCUGACUGUGUGUGAUAUCAAUCCGUGGAUCUCUGUGUGAUUGAUUGCGUGAUUGAGGGAGCGACUGCUGUUUUUUGCGCUUCCUGCUGUCUAUCUUGGCUGGCUGGCUGGCUGGCCAGUGUGUCUCAAACAGACACACAGAGAGACAGACAGAC